CUUCAUACCAUUAAACCCGGCAAACCACCCAAAACUGCCAAAAAAAGUCCCUCUCGACUGUCGUUCGGAAUUUCAACUUGUCCUCCUUCACUCUUUUACACCUUUUUUUUGUUUUCCCCUUAUUUUGUGUUAUGAUAGAUCCGUUCAUAUGGUUACUAUUGCUAUGUAUAGCUAUGCUUGUAUCAAGUUUUGUUGCUGGCUGCAUACCGUUGACAACCAAACUAUCUCAGUCGAGCCUAUGUCAUCUUACAGCCAUCAGUGCCGGAUUGCUUAUUUCCACUAGUCUCGCCGUCAUCAUACCUGAAGGAGUUGAAACAAUAUACAAAGAUGAUUCAGAAUCAGACUCGAUUGCGACACACACUGUUGUGGGGCUGUGUUUACUGACUGGUUUUGCUGUCAUGUUCCUUAUUGAUCAGUUCAGUUCGAUGCAUAUUCACAAUACAACAACAACAGCAACUGAUGUUAACAAACUAGACUCAACUGAACUUGACACAAUACUCAAUCUGUCUAAUGACCAAGAAAGUCAGCAUUUAGUAAAGUCUCUGAACGCUACGCCAACUGUCGGUCUGAUUGUUCACGCUGCAGCAGAUGGUAUCGCCUUGGGUGCAUCUGUAUCAGAUCCUCAAUUGUCAAUGGUCGUAUUCUUUGCCAUCAUGCUUCACAAGGCUCCUUCCGCAUUUGCCUUGACUACCGUCCUUCUCAAUCAAGGUCUUUCGCGAGCACGAGUGAGGAAACAUCUCCUCAUGUUUUCUUUAUCAGCGCCUUUAGGGGCAAUCGUCACUUACUUCUCCUUACAAUUUGUUUAUACUCUUCACAACUUAAACUAUUGGACUGGUCUCCUCUUGCUCUUCUCUGGUGGCACAUUUUUGUAUGUCGCCAUGCAUGCGAUACAAGAGAGUGAUGACGAACAGCAAAAGCAAAAGCGAGUCAGCUGCAUACUUUUGGGCAUGGUGAUACCCUUCAUUCUCAACUUGAACCACUCACAUUAAAAUCUACUGCACAUACUAAUUUCAAUAAAUAUACAAGUGGCUUGGCCCUCCUAUAAAGUGGCUUAGUUGAGCCCCAGCUGGGGACUAAAGGGAAAAAGAGUCCAACGGUUUGCAAGUGAAAGCCCUCUCUCUCUUUUUAUAUAAAAUGUCUACUUUCGAAAAGGUUGUUGUCAUCGAUGGUAAGGGUCAUCUUCUCGGUCGUCUUGCUUCCAUC